AUGGCCGCGACGGCCGCCCCUCAGCAGCGCUCCAGGCCGUACAACUUCAGCGCUGGUCCUGGCGCGCUGCCUGAGGAGCUACUGCUCCACGUCGCGGCGCAGCUAGCCGACUUCGAGGGCACGGGCCUGAGCAUCAUGGAGAUGAGCCACAGGGACGAGGGCGGCCCCGUGCAGAGGACUAUCCAGCAGGCGACCUCCACGGUAAGGGACAUCCUUGAGGUCCCCGCCUCCCACGCGAUCAUUUGGCAGCAGGGCGGCGCUCACGGGCAGUUCGCCGCGGUGCCGCUAAACCUGUUGGGGGACAAGCGCUCGGCUGACUUCGUGGACACAGGGGUCUGGUCGCGCAAGGCGAUGUCGGAGGCGUCGAAGUACUGCGAAACGCGCGUCGUCGCGAGCUCGGAGGCGUCGGGCCACAGCGAGAUCCCCGCGGUGUCCUCCUGGGACCUGUCGGACGACUCGGCCUACGUGCACAUCUGCGCAAACGACACAAUAUACGGCCUCGAGUUCUUGGAGGACCCUGAUGUGGGCGACAGGCUGCUUGUGGCCGAUUUCACAUCCACCCUACUGUCCAGGCGGGUCGCUUUCUCGAGGUACGUGGCGGUCUACUGCUCCUCGGGCAAGAACCUCGGGCCCGCCGGCGUGUGCCUCGUCGUGGUGCGUCGUGACCUGCUCGGGCGGGCCCGUCCGGACACGCCGUGCAUCCUCGAUUGGGGCGCCUCCGCUAACACCGCGCCGGUGCCCUCUCUCGUGAACACGCCUCCGGUCUUCUCCAUCUACAUGUGCCUCGAGGUGAUGCGGCGCCUUCAGGAGGAGUGGGGCGCCGGCGGCGGAUCCGCCCUGGCCGCCCUGGAGUCGCGGGCCGAGGAGCGCGCGCGGCGCGUCUACGAGGAGGUGGACGGCUCUGGCGGCUUCUACGUGAACUCGGUGGCGUGGCCGUACCGGUCUCGGACCACCGUCUGCUUCACCUUCGGCGCGGACUCGGGCCUGGUGCGGGAGUGGAACGGCAGCAUCACCGCGACGGUGGAGCCGACGGAGUUGGAGGCGCAGUUCGCGGCGGAGUCGCGGGCCCGCGGCAUGCUGCAGCUGGGCGGCCACCCUGCCUUCGGCGGCGUCCGCGUCUGCCUCUACAACGCGGUGCCGGACGCCGCGGUGGACGAGCUCCUGCGCUUCAUGCGCGAGUUCCGGGAGGCGCACAGUCAGGUCGGCAAAGGCUCGCCAUGCUUGACGCCGACCGACCCGGGCAGCUUCUCGAGGGCGAGCUCCUCCUCUGGCUCGUCCACCCCGCGGUGA